GAGUUGUUCUGCGCUGGGAUUACUCUCUCCUCUCCGUCUGAUCAGAUCUGCUCUCAAUGAAGCUUGGUUCUUCUCCGUGAUUUCUUCGCCAUGAGCUGCCUGGAUGUGAUGUACCAAGUCUUUGGUUCCCAGCCUUAUUUCAGCUCUUAUAGCCCCUAUCACCAGCAGAAACUGGCAUUGUAUUCCAAAAUGCAAAACCAGGAGAACGGCAGCCGGCUUGGCCCCCCAGGGCCUUCAUCGAUCAAAGAGGAGGACAAAGAGCUGCCACCAGGUGCCGAGUACCUGAGCUCUCGCUGCAUCCUCUUCACUUACUUCCAAGGCGACAUCAGCACUGUAGUGGAUGAGCACUUCAGCCGAGCCCUCAGCCAGACAGCCGCGUACCCCACAUUGAGCAGCCAGAAAGCCGUAAGAGAGGGAUCAUUUCCUAUGAGCCAGAGAUGUUUCCCUCCAUCAUUCUGGAACAGCUCAUACCAGCCGUCAGUUUCCUCCACGCUCGGCAGUGCUUUGUCUGCUCCCCACACAGAGCUUUCAUUUGCUGGGGACCCAUACUCUUCUGCCUCUCUGCACAGCCACCUCCACCAGCCCGGCUCUGACACCUGGCACCCGUCCCAUCACCACCACCAUCACCACCACCAUCCUUAUUCACUAGGGGGCGCAAUAAGCUCCCAGAGCUCAUCUUACCCACGUCCGGGGGUUCAUGAGAUGUACGGCACGGCGUUCGAUCCGCGCUAUAGCUCAUUGCUGGUGCCAUCGGUGAGGUCACACCAUCGCCUGACGUCCUGCAACGCUGUGCCUGGACCCAGCGCCUCACCCUCCAACUUCGGGGGCAAAGGGGAGUCGGGAACAGGGUCAGCGUGGAGCGGUGCCUUCACGGGGACUGGAGCAGAGAUUGGACUUAACAUGGAGACUGGUCUGCAGGCACAGGAUAAGAGCAAGGAUUUGUAUUGGUUUUAGGCUUUAGAGACUGCUGAGACUUCCCUUCCUCCACUCCUGCUCUACUAUAUUGCUUUGGAAAAGAGAACACGAGGCAAACAUUUAAAAAAGACAUAAAACUAAAAACAAAAAUCCAGUGAUACAGAAGGUUUUUUUUGUGUAACAGCUUUUGGUCUACUUGCAGCUCUGUGCUACAGUGGACUGUGUGGCAGAAGCAGCAGCGCAGCCCUGCUGAGCUGAGAUGCGACAGUGAGGAUACAAAGCAAGUGUGGAACCAAAAACUGGACAUGCAGACAGAAGGGAGGGAAUCUGAUCUGUAAUGAGAAGGACAAAGUCAAGCCUCUGUGUGCUUUUGCAACAGGCAGGAACAACAUUCCUGAAUUGGAAAAGUUGGGGGACAAACAGAGACACAUGUUGGGUUGGACUCUAAAGACAAGCACUUGAAGGACUUGGCAGGAUUUACCUCAAUUGAGCAACUUGGCUCAGACACUGUGUUAUGGCUGGAGGAGCAUUGGUGUUGGCGUUGAGAAAGCCACACAGAGAGCAUCUGGCAGAUGAUGAAGGUGGGAGGAUCCAGACACUUUGGUUUACUUGGAGUUAUGUUCCAACUGGACAUCACAGUACAUUUUAAUAACAUUUACAGUUUUGGUUGGAUUUUGAUUGAACUGAGAAGAUAUUUAAGCCGCGAUUGCAAUUACAAACCUUAUCUUUGUCCUUUUUGUAGUAUGUAUGCCAUACUUCUAAUCAGGUUUAAAAAAUAUUUCACUCUAGAAAAAUAUAAACGUUAAAGAUAAUUUUUUCGUUUUUUCCAAGUGGAUUGUGUGAGUUACAAAUGAGAAGUUUGUGCAUUAUUUCUGCUAUACACCACUCAGUAUGCUGUCAGUAUUUUAAAUAAAGUAGGUUGUCUGAUGAGCAAGCUAAGCUAAUCACUGCUCAGACAUGUUCAAAAGAAUAGUCAAUUUUUGCCAUUGUUAAAUUUUCAGUAUGAGCAGCUGCUAUAAUUGGAUAUUAGACUGAAUCACUCAUGUAUUGUGUCAUGUAUUUCCUUUUUCUUGCAACUAGAUUGUGUACUGGAUGACAACACAUUUGUUUUUCAUUUGCAAUAUUCCAUCUAUUCAUCUAUUUACUUACCCUUAUUCUACUUCAGGUCACAGGUCAUCAGCCUUAGCAAAGAGGCCCAGACCUCCCUCUCCCCAGGCACCUCCAAGAGUUCCUCCUUAGGGAUACUGGAGCUUUCCCAAGCCAGUCAAGAAAUAUAAUCCCACCACAGUGUCCUGGGUUUUCCCAAGACACAAACGAUAUACCUCCCCAGGAGCCAACCUAACCUGAACCACUUCAUCUGGCGACGCUGAGGAGCAGUGAGACAACUCCAAGUCCCUUCCAAAUGGUGGAACUUCUCACUCUAUCUUUAAGGGGGAGUCUAGACACCCUACAUAGGGAAACCACUUGUACCGGCAAUUUAAGCCUUUUGGUCACUACCCACAGUUCAGGACCAUGGUCUGGACUGUAAAUCAAUCAGUAAACAGAAAGCUUAUCAGUAAAAAGUUCACAUUACUGAGUCCACCAGACUCACAUAUCAAUUCCCCGCUUUUUUCUUUCCUCACCUGUGAGGAAGUCCCAAAGAUACUUCAACCCCUCCACUCGAGGCUGCAACUUGUCCCACAUCUGGAGAGGGCAUUCCACACUUUUCCAACUAAGAACCAUGGUCUGAGAUAUGGAAGUGCCAAUUCUGCAUCCUAUCAAGAGUAUAGAGUUGGUCCUGUGGUCCAUGGCCAGGACAGAACCUUUAUUGUUCCUCUUUAAUCUGACUAUUGACUACCAUCCUCAGCACCCCUGUAUAAACAUUAUUGGGGAGGAUAAGGAGGGUGAUUCCCCUGUAAUAAGAACACACCCUUUAGAGACGCUUCUUAGAAAGGAAAGCACCACCCCAGUCUGCCAAUCCAGAAGCACUUCCUCAAAUGUCCUUGCAGUAUUGCAGACGUAUGCCAACCCAGACAGCACUACACUAUCCAGAGCCUUGAGGAACACAGGAGUUACCAGCAGAGCCUUACCUUUUAACUAUCUCAGUGACCUCAGCCCCUCAAGACUGCCUCAGUGUCCACAAAGUUAGCUUCCUUUGUGGAACAUGUGAUUGUGGGAAGAUACUCAAAGUAUUCCUUCUCUGCCAACAUCACCAGUUGAGGUCAAGAGCACCCCAUCCUCACUAUACAUGGCAUUGGUGAGGCACUACCUUCGCUGGCUGAGCUGCCUGACAGUUUUCCAGAACCUUCUUCGGACCGAUCUUAAGUUGCGUUCCAUGGCUGCACUGAACUCCUUCUUCACCCAAGGUUUUGCCUGAGCAACCACCAUGGCCACAGCCCCCUUGACUUGCUGGCCCCUGUCUCCUUUUUGGUAGUACUCCUUCAGCUUGAUAAUCUCCUUUACCUGGGCUCACCAACACUUGGUUCAAAGGGGGCCACCAAGGCAGAUGCUAACAACUCUGGUUAGCCACCUAAACAGUGGAGACAUGGAACUUGGCCCAUUGGGACUCAAUGUCCCUUGCCCUCCUUCUGAUGCAGUUGAAGCUCGGCAGGAAGUGAGAGCUGAAGAUCCUCCUCACACUUUCUGCCAGCCUUUCGCCACAAACUCUCACUAUAUGCU